GUUGCAGUUUCUCAGCACGCAGCUCCCACCCCUCCGCCAAAAUCAGGCUAUUAGAUGUGACGACGAGGUUGAUCAGGAGAAGCCAUCAUGUCUUAAACGCAGACGGGCCCUCUGGAGCCCUGUCCCCCCUCCCCCUCCCCCCGUCCCCCUCCCCCAUCCACCACCUCACCCCCUCUCCCAGCCCCAUCCAGCUCCCGGACCUGUCCGCACAUGCACGAGACAGGCUGCCCAACCCCGGCUCCCCGCUGGCCCAUCCCUCCCCUCCUCCGGGAGAGAUGAGCCAGCAGAAGCCCCAGGCGAUGGGCCGAGGCGGCGGCGGGGUGAUGGGUUCCGACCGGGACCUGCAGUCCACCGCCUCCUCCAUCUCCCUGCCGUCUGUGAAGAAGGCUCCCAAGAAGAGGCGCCUCUCCCUGGCCUCCUUUUUCAGACGGCGGGGACGUGAGUCCAAAUCAGGUCGCCAGAGGUCCCGGGAGCUCCAGCUCCCUGGGCUCGGGGGGCUCGGGGGGGUGGAUGGGAUCGCCAGUAUCGAGAGCAUCCACUCCGAGAUGUGCAACGACAAGAACUCUGCCUUCUUUUCUGCGGCCGGGGCCGCCUCCGCCUCCACCGCUGCUGCUUCUGCCUCCACCUCAUCCGCCGCAGGGCCUUCAUCCUCCACCUCCUCGUCCUCCUCCAAGGCGGGGGCGGGGGCAGAGCUCCUGGAGUGCCCGCUGUGCCUUCUGCGACACUCCAGGGAGAACUUCCCCGACAUCAUGACCUGUCACCACCGCUCCUGCAUCGACUGCCUGCGCCAGUACCUGCGCAUCGAGAUCUCAGAGUCGCGCGUCAACAUCAGCUGCCCCGAGUGCUCGGAGCGCUUCAACCCCCACGACAUCCGCAUGAUCCUGGGCGACCACGCGCUCAUGGAGAAGUACGAGGAGUUCAUGCUGAGGAGGUGGCUGGUGGCCGACCCAGACUGCCGCUGGUGCCCCGCGCCGGACUGCGGGUACGCAGUGAUAGCGUUCGGGUGCGCCAGCUGUCCAAAGAUCACGUGCGGCAGGGAGGGCUGCGGCACGGAGUUCUGUUACCACUGUAAGCAGCUGUGGCAUCCCAACCAGACCUGCGAUGCAGCGCGGCAGCAGAGAGCCCAGAGCCUCCGCCUGAGGACGGUGCGCUCGUCCUCGCUCAGCUUCAGCCAAGAGAGCGGUGCUGCAGCUGACGACAUCAAGCCGUGUCCGCGCUGCGCCGCGUACAUCAUCAAGAUGAACGACGGCAGCUGCAACCACAUGACCUGCGCCGUGUGCGGCUGCGAGUUCUGCUGGCUCUGCAUGAAGGAGAUCUCAGACCUGCACUACCUGAGCCCGUCAGGCUGUACUUUCUGGGGAAAGAAGCCAUGGAGCAGGAAGAAGAAGAUCCUGUGGCAGCUGGGAACGCUGGUGGGCGCCCCCGUCGGCAUCGCGCUCAUCGCAGGCAUCGCCAUCCCCGCCAUGAUCAUCGGCAUCCCUGUGUAUGUGGGGAGGAAGAUUCAUAACCGCUACGAAGGAAAGGACAUUUCCAACCACAAGAGGAACCUGGUGAUCGCGGGCGGAGUGACGCUCUCCGUCAUCGUGUCCCCGGUGGUGGCCGCAGUCACUGUGGGCAUCGGCGUUCCCAUCAUGCUGGCGUACGUCUACGGCGUGGUGCCCAUCUCCCUGUGCCGGAGCGGCGGCUGCGGCGUCUCGGCCGGGAAUGGGAAGGGAGUCCGCAUCGAGUUCGACGACGAGAACGACAUGAAUGUUGGCAGCGGCGCGGCCGCCACCGACACGACCUCGGUGGCCGACACCAGGAACAACCCCAGCAUCGGGGAGGGCAGCGUGGGCGGCCUGACGGGCAGCCUGAGCGCCAGCGGCAGCCACAUGGACCGGCUGGGCGCCAUCAGGGACAACCUGAGCGAGACGGCCUCCACCAUGGCCCUGGCCGGGGCCAGCAUCACCGGCAGCCUGUCGGGCAGCGCCAUGGUCAACUACCUGAACAGGCUGGAGGUGCAGGCGGACGUGCAGAAGGAGCGCUGCAGCCUGAGCGGAGAGUCGGGCACCGUCAGCCUGGGCACAAUCAGCGACAACGCUAGCACCAAAGCAAUGGCUGGAUCCAUUCUUAACGCCUACAUGCCUCUGGACAGAGACGGGAACAGCAUGGAGGUCCAGGUGGACAUCGAAUCCAAACCCUGCAAGCUGCGGCACCACAGCGGCGGCAGCAGCGUGGACGACGGCGGCCACACGGGGCGCUGCGGCUGGACCUGCGCCUCCGCCGACGCCAAGGGAACCUCCGCCAAAUGGGCCAAAGAGGCGUCCUGCUCCUCCUCCUCCAGCUCGGGGGGCAAGAAGAGCAAAGGCAAGCUGCGCAAGAAGGGCGGCGGCGGCGGCGGAGGAGGAGGAGGCACCAAGAUCAACGAGACGCGAGAGGACAUGGACGCUCAGCUGCUGGAGCAGCGCAGCACCAACUCCUCGGAGUUCGACUCGCCGUCGCUGAGCGGCAGCCUGCCGUCCGUGGCCGACUCCCACUCCAGCCACUUCUCCGAGUUCAGCUGCUCCGACCUGGAGAGCAUGAAGACGUCGUGCAGCCACGGCUCGGGCGGCGCCGACUACCACACGCGCUUCGCCACCGUCAGCCCUCUGCCGGAGGUGGAGAACGACCGCCUGGAGACCUGCCCCGCCGCCGCCUCCCCCCACGGGCAGGGGGUGGCCGUCACGCCCCACUCCCCCGCCUCCGCCUCCACCUCGUCCUCGCUGGGCCACGGCGGCGAGCUGUCGCCGCUCUGCUUCAUCACGGAGGAGAAUGUGAACCUGGUGUGCCCCGCCGAGCCGGACUCCCACUGCAACACCGGGGAGGUGCUAAAAGAAACCAACAACAACCAGCCGGCGUCGCCGCCCAAACACCCCUGCAUACAGACCGAUAUAUAACAGCUCCCGACCUGAAGUGCUGCACAGACUGGGUGUCUCUCGGCCCUCCUGUCCUCACUCCGCCUGCAGCCACAGCCUUCUGUCUCACCUGCGUUUCCUCUUCUCGUCACGUCCUUUCAGAAAGAGCGGAGCGGGUCGGGGCUGCUUCGUUUCUCGCUCCUCUCCUGUCCGUCUGUGUAGGUUCAAAGAAAACCACUGUGCCAGUUCUGCUGAGUAUUUGGUUUUGGCUCUCCGAUGUGGAGUCUUCACGUCUCAGUGUUGAAGUCCAGGGACCAGGCAACAGGAUUCCCUCUGCAGCUCUCCUCCGGUGGAUUCACCACUUCCCAUCUCUGCCUGUAUUUAUUAUUACUUUCUCUGUUUUCCUUUUUUUAAAUUCCCUGGAUGUUUGUUUGAAACAAAUCCUGUAAGGUGUAACGGUGGCAUAGCCAGGUUGGUUCUGAAUCCGCUCGGCUGAGAUUCCCUCCAGGUGGGACAUGGUGCUCCACGGCUUGGUAACCACCGAGUUCAGACCUGUAGCCUCGUCCUCUCUGAGUGGGUGUGUGUGUGUGUUUGUUACUAAGAUGAGGCUGGAAGUGGGAAGCUGGUUUCGUGUAGGGUUCUGGGAGGGGUGGUGGAUCUGAGACCAGGUCUCUGGAAGGCCGCGGUUCGUCCAGAUCACUCUAUUAACCGACGGGUUGGUCAAUUCUGUGAAAUUGUACAGAGAAAAAAGUUUUGGUCCUGUUGGGAGGCGAUUCCUCCGGACCGACGGUUUCGCCUGGGUGAGAGGGCGCGCUGAUAUCUUUCUUCGUUAACUCACGGUGCCUUCAAGAAGCUGUUUGCGUUCGUUUCUCUUUCUCUCUCUGUUUCCACCGUGUCUUCUGGACUCCGAACACCCAACAGCUGGUAGAUGGCAGAAUGUGCGCGGAGGAGGGAUGCCCGUUCGCUGGCAGCACGCUACAAGCCAAGACUUCUCAACGGCCUACCAAAGACAGCACUCAGGCUCUUGUUAAAUCUGAACCCUCCGACUCGUCGGCUGCACCCGGCGUCGUGCGUCAGCCUCUUCGCACGCCGGCCGGGGGAUGAAUGAAGACACAACCCGGGACCGUAACGACGAGGGGAGGGGGGCUCCUGCACUGUUAGGGCAUCUCUUCUCACGGUCUGCUCGGUGUGUGUGCGCGUGUGUGUGUCCCUCGUCCGUUCCUCCUGUGAGUCCCGUCGUUGCCAAUCGGUGCUGCUGAGCAGACUUGAAGUCUUUAAUUCAGAGCGUUUGUUAAACCUCUUAGCAAGAAUGGUAUUUUCGACGCAGGUCUGUUACUGAGCGAACACUCGUGUUCUUCGCUUCUUUUUAUUUCCUCCUCCUCUUCCUCUUCGUUCCGCCUCCUCUGUUCUGUUUCUCAUUAUGCACCAGAACCGGUUUCAUGAUCCUAAUUCGAACACUAGUGCCAGAUAUAAUUUGUAAUUUGUGCAGAAUGGCAUAAGGUAUUUGUAUAUUUGUUUGGUAAUUUGCUUUACUAUAUGCGUGUAAAUGCAUAUCAGAAAUAAAAAAAAAAAAAAUCAAAUGUU